GCUGAGCUGAAGCUUUGCUCCAGUUGCCCAGCAGCAAUGGACUGUAGCAACUCCAGUUCAAAUAUUACCUCUAGACCCCUGCUACCUCCUGGCUUGCUUGCCCCAGUGCCCCCUCCACCUCAUUCAUCCUCCUCAGCUAUGUCAGUGCCACCAUCAAUGCCCAUGCCUGCCUCAUUUUUAAGGCCUCCAACUCUUCUUCUAAGAGCAGCAGCUGCAGCCGCAGCAGCCGCUUGUUCUCCCAGAAUGGCUUUGGAAAGAGGAGCUGCUGGAAGUGCUCUAUAUCCUCGAACACCCAAAUGUGCACGAUGCCGAAAUCAUGGGGUGGUAUCGGCGCUUAAAGGGCACAAACGGUUUUGCCGCUGGAGGGACUGUGCCUGUGCCAAAUGCACCCUUAUUGCAGAGCGUCAAAGAGUAAUGGCUGCUCAAGUAGCCCUCAGAAGACAGCAAGCUCAAGAAGAAUGUGAAGUUCGGGGUGUGCAAAACUUUAUGUAUACUGGACCAGGGAGUGAUGCAGGGGAGGCCAGUAGACAUAAAACAGACACAAUGCCAGUUUUCAGUCAGCAAGAGAAUAAAGGUUCUGAUGAUUCAAAAGAAAAGUAUGAUCAGUUCUAUGAGAGAUUACCAAGUUCCAACACCAUUGCCAAUCUUCCAAAAACACCUCCAAAUGGGCAGGUCAGUACAGACCACCUACUAAACUCCUCUGGUUUGAAAACAGCAAGUAAAGAAGACUCCCUUCAAUCUCCUUGGUCUGAAGGAAGAUCUGAAGGUACUGACAGUCCAACAUCUUUGUCAUCUUCCGAUCUGGAAUCAGGAAAUGAAAGUGAGUGGCCAAAGGACAACAGUGCUUCAAAUGCUAAAGUUCCCACUACGUCUUCAAAACCAAGAGAUCCCUUAGAGAUUCUUAGCAAAGUUUUUCCCAACCACAAACCAACCACUUUAGAAGGCAUUUUGCACUACUGCAAAGGAGAUGUGGUUCAAGCCAUAGAGUUGGUUUUAAAUGGAAAAGAACACACACAAGAUGCCAAAGUGAGUGAUGGCCCAUCUGGAUCAGACCUCAGUAAGUUCUCAAGAGAUUCUGCAUUAAACUUUACUGGGUUGGGCUUUGGUGGUUUUGGCACCAAAUCUGCCUUUUCUCCUCUGCAUACAAGUCCAUCAUCGGUUGAUGCUGAAACAAGUAUGUUUCAUCCAAGACUUGGGCUGAGUCCAUUACGUUUUGCUUACUCCACAUCUAACAGAGGACUUCCUGGAUUUAUUUCUCCUUAUUUUACAUCUGGCUUUGUUCCAUCUUUUCCUUUUCAUCCUGGAAUGGAUUAUGCAUUUCCUGGAAUGUUGCGGGAUGCUUCUUACUACCAACGCAAGGACACUGUAAAUGCUAAUGGACUUUACCCCAGGAUAAACCAAGAAAAUCACUAGUAACCAAAAAAUACACGUCAAUGCCUUAACUGUAGUUCAAUUGAAAAAGAUUUGUAGACUCCAUGUGCAUUAAUAAUACUUUUAAAUGCUUUGUAUUUUUUGUAGAAGACUGUUAUUUGGUAAAAUUAACUCUAUAAUAAUUAUUGUAAUAAACA